GCGGAAGUACGUCACGCUGGAAAGUACCAGAUACUCCACAUCGUUUAAAGCUUACGAAAAUAACGCCUUCUGGUUAGAUUAAAGAAACAUUGGUGAUUCUGCCUUACAUUUGAAGGAUUUUCUACCUUCAUCUUUACCGAGGUGCAUAAGGAGGUCACACAGGCAUGGAAGGCACCUUUUACUCCCCGAACCUCAAGCUCCUCUUCCCCACCGUCCUCGAGGAUAGGCAGCCAUCCCGGAGUAGCAGGACUACUGUCCACAGAGCAUCUCCACCUGAGGACUUUGCCCAGGAGUUCUCAGUAAUACAGAAGCAGUCUAGGAGGUGGAACUCAUCAACCAGGCCUGAAAAGUACUGCUAAGCCACACAUUGGCAGGUUGCUCCCCAUUAAAGAUUCCUGCAUCAUAGGAGAAGGAAGCACAUACAUCCCACGUCAGCAUUCUGUUUGUUCAAGAUUUAAUAAAUUUUUUUAAUAAGGUCAUGUAUUCUACCAUGGACGACUAGACCCCAUUCAGGGGAUGUCCAGCAGAGAGAAAGAUUUGAAUGGAUACACCCUGUGGUCACAUUUUAGUGUUUGUAUGUUAGAUUUCUUACUAAUAUGUUACACUUCAAAGAAGGCACUUCUUCACUUUUAAAAAUGUGUUUUGGUUUGUGUAAUAGUGGUGUAUUUCUCAUUGAUAAAGGUUGAGCUUCCAGAGUCUCUAGAAUGAUCAUCUAAACGUUAAGUUGUGCAUCACAUUAUGUUCAUGCAGUUUUAGUUCAGGGCACAUGUCACCGGUUCUGUGAUGAAACCCAGUUGAGUAACCCACUGUUUUGUAAUCCAGGCGUGUUGUAAGGACAUAAAGAGGAGUCUUUUUUUUUUUUUUAUAAAUGUUUUCAAAGGUUGUGUAAUCUAGUUUGUCUUACUCGCAUAGUUCAUCAUUAACAUCUACAUGCGUGCGCACACACACAGGGUAUGACAAUCAAGCCUUUCUCUCUGCUGGCUAUCCCCUUCCCCAUUUCUCUUUCUCAAAUGGAAAUAUUACAAAACAGUGCUUUCUUAAGAGGUUUGUGUCGUACCAGUGGUCCUGCGGAUUUACAGUAUGAUAACUCCUCUGAACUCUUUCGAAUUUCAACAUAUGCCAAGUUCCCCACCACCGCAGCGGUGACUGAAAGAAGUCUUGCACGAGCUGGCUUUUAUUACACUGGACUGGGUGAUCGUGUCCAGUGUUUCCGCUGCAAUGUGACUGCUGACAACUGGCAGUCUGGUGACUGUCCCGCAGAGCGCCACAAACAGCUAUCCCCCAACUGCAGCUUCAUCCAGAGCUUACCUGCCACCGCAAACCUCCUGUCCUCCUCUCACUCUGCUUUUUCCCCACUUCGCAAUGUAGCUGUCCUGCAGCUGUCCGCCCCUGCGACUGCAGCCCCGUCAACCACUGCCCCGUCAACUUCUGGACAAACAGAGGAGCAAGUGGGUUACCUGAACAUGGGAUUCACCAACCUGGCUCCCUCCAGUCCCAUUUCAUCUCGUGGAGUGGAGGAUAUGUCCCACCAGCGACCGCCUGCUUGUCACAAUCCUGGUAUGCGUCGGGAACAGGAACGCCUUGACACUUUUCAGAAUUGGACCCUUGCUACAGUUACACCAGCCGAGCUUGCCAAAGCUGGUUUGUACUACCUUGGCCAGGGUGACAGGGUGGCGUGCUUCAGUUGUGGUGGCCAGCUUGGCAGUUGGGAACCAGGAGAUCGAGCGGUAUCUGAGCAUCAGAGACAUUACCCCAACUGCCGAUUCGUACGAGGUGAUCGUGCUGAUAACAUCCCUUUAUCUGGUGGCGGACUUUCAAAUGUUUCCAACUCGGCCAUGCAACAGUGUGAAGAAAGGCUACUCACAUUUGUAAACUGGCCUUCCAGAAUACCUGUUCGACCAGAUCAGUUGGCUAAAGCUGGUUUUUACUAUGUUGGUCGUAAUGAUGACGUGAAGUGUUUUUGUUGUGAUGGUGGACUCAGAUGUUGGGAGUCUGGUGAUGAUCCAUGGGUCGAACAUGCCAAGUGGUUUCCAAGAUGUGAAUACCUGUUGCAAGAAAAGGGCCAAGAGUUUGUUCACCAGAUUCAAGCAAGAUUUCCAAGACUGUUUGAACAGCUCUUAACAAAUGGAGACAGCAACUCUAGAGAAUUUGUUGAUCCACCUGUUGUACACCUGGGUCCUGGAGAAGACCGUUCAGAAGAUGCUGUGAUGAUGAACAAUCCGGUGGUGAAGUCUGCUUUAGAGAUGGGAUUUGAACGUGGCCUGGUGAAGCAGACUGUGCAGAGCAAAAUCCUUACAAGUGGAGAGAAUUACAAAACUGUUCAGGAACUGGUGUCUGAUUUGCUAAGCGCAGAAGAUGAGAAGAGAGAGGAGGAGAGAGAGCUGCUUGCUGAAGAAAUGGCUUCAGAUGGUUUUACUUUCCUUAAGAAACAUCAUGCUGCUUUGAGUCAGCGGCUAAAAAGUGUGCAGAGCUUGAUGGAUCAUCUUCUAGAGGAGAAUGUCAUCUCACAGAAGGAAUAUGACAGUAUUCGCAACUGCACUUCAGUCAAGCAGCAAACAGGCCAGCUUAUUGAUUUAGUGCUUUCAAAAGGAAACGCAGCAGCUGAGGUUUUCCGCAACUGGAUCAAGAAGAACGAUGUGUACCUGCUGAGAGAACUGAUGGCCCAGACAAAUGAAGCUGCAUCACCGAGUCAAGAUCUUUCAGAUUUGCCUAUGGAGGAACAGUUGAGAAGACUUCAAGAGGAGCGCACAUGCAAAGUGUGCAUGGACAAGGAGGUCAACAUUGUCUUCAUCCCUUGUGGUCACCUAGUGGUAUGCAAAGAGUGUGCACCUUCUCUGCGCAAGUGCCCCAUAUGUAGAGGAAUGGUCAAAGGCACUGUCCGUACUUUCCUCUCUUAAAAUAAUUAAAGAAAUUCUGAGAAAAUG